AUGAGUUGCACAUAUAAAAUGAGGGAGAGAUUCUUAAACAUUUUAAAAUAAGUUUUAUUUGUAGCCAAAUAUAUGUGCAGAGUUAAUUUUUGGUUUGAUUAUCCAAUCAAAUAUAAUAAUAAAUUUUAUGAAUUAAUUAUAGAAGGAAAUUAUAAUAGCAUUAUUUUGACUUUAUAAGAUGAACCAUAACUUGUUCAUAGUAGAAAUAAAGAUGGAUAAACCCCAUUGUAUGUUGCUUGCAUUUGUGAUAAUGCACUUUUGACAAAAUUGUUCAUCAAAAAUUGCUGUAACAUUGAAGCUUUAGAUAAUAAAUAAUUAUCACCAUUAUAUUAUGCAUUUAAAGCCAAUUCUAAUGAUUGUUUUAAAGUAAAUAAAUUUUUUAUUUUUAUUAUAGAUCUUACUUCAUUCUAAAGCUAAAACAUGGUCCCCACCAGGAGCACCAGGAGGAAAAGUAGAUAAAAAUCAGAUGAAUGUUGCAUAAAAAAAUUUGUUGAUGCAUGCUCGCUUAAUUUAUAUAUUUACGAUUUGGAAAAUAAAAAAAUGA